GGCGGGGGACAAAAUAAGUACAGUCGUAUCUAACAUUACAGACAAAAAAAAAGAGGACGUAAGGGUAUGAUUUUAAAAAUGCUCAACGUCAAAGGACAGAUUUUAUGGUGCAAAAAAGCAACACAAUCAGGCUUUCUCUAAGUACUUAAAAGUUGCUGCACAUGUAACAAUAAAAAUGUGUUUAUGAAGUUAAGUCACCCAAAAAAACAAAACAAAUGGAAAUCGUGAGACGGCCACCACAUGCAAAUCCACGUUGCUAUGACAACGCCGUGAUACAUUUCCGUGAUCAUCCACCUCUAUGUUGCAUCACUUCGUCCGCACCCUACCUCCCUCAUUCUCCCCCUAUCCCAAAGACUGAUCAGCAGAGCAUCCUUCCACACGGGCACGUCAUGUCCGCUUGCGAGCCUCCAGCUCUGUCCUGUCCUCUCCUGCCUGCCGUCGUAUCUCUCUCUCUUUUUCUUUUUUUAAACUGACAUGCAUUUGAAAGCCUUCAGAUGUUGCAGCGCAUAGCUGCCGAGUGGGAAUCCCCAGCAUUCAAUAACAUGGACGGGAUGGGACCACCUCUGGAUCAUUGCAAGUGAGAAUUUCCCUUCUCAAUAGAGGAUAUUUUGACAGCAAGGUGUAGUGACUCGCCUUUAAAACAGCAUUUCAAUUUGGUUUGAGUUUUUUGGAGAAAUUUGCCUGACUUUCAUGACACUUGUUUCAUUUUCCUGAAACUGAGGAGGAACCCUUUGCUUUUUCAAAUUUGCAGCCUUUUUUUUAAGGGGAGGUGGUUAUUCACUGAAGAACUCACCUAUUCGCUGGUUUGUGCUUUGAGUCUUUUGUGUGUGUGUGUGUGUGACAAAUUCAGGCCAAUCCACAGAUUUUUUUGAGGGAAAACCUAUUUUCUAUUAUUCACCGAUUUUGUGCUCAGGUGAUAAUAUUUGUUUGCCAAGGAAAGGUAGAAGACCCCGUUGAACUUGCAAAGGACGUGCUGAAAACUUACCUAUUUGCUGUUGUUGUGCCAUUUUGGUGGAUUCAGUUAUUCAAAUAUUUUUGAAAAGGACCUUUUUGAAGAGGUGAUUUCAUGAAAAAUUUCAAUAUUUGCAGUUUUUAUGCUCAAGCCAAAGCAAUAAACGUUUUACGGUCUUGGUGGACUCACCCAUUUGUGGAUUUUUGGGUGACCUACCCUCUUGUUAAUCACCUUUUUGUACUCAAUCACAAACCUUUUCAGAGGGGGGGCGGGUGUCAAUUACAAUUGAACCCAAGUUUUAAAUCUGUACAUUUGUAUAGACAACAUGGACUUCGUGAUUCCGUUCAACUUAACAAGAUGAUUUUUGUCAACAACAGCCAUGAUCCUUGUGGGAUAAAGCCAAAGAAGGAAAUAGAAGAAAAAGAAAAUCACAAGAGGUCCAUGACAAAUACACUGCGACCGAUUCCUCUUCUGUAACUGGGCACUGUAGCUGUGAUCAGUGAAAUCCUCCUUUUGUGCCUCCUACUUUUUCUUCUUUGGUGCGGUGCAUCACAUCCAAGAAUCGCAACACCCGGUUGUGUUGUUCUUGGUCACUUUUUGGGGACAUCUCCUACAGGUUCACCUGUGGCAAAAUGUCUGCCUUGGCAGAGGCCCCCCUGAUGUUAAUUGUGUUGGUCCUCCUCAUGGCUCUUCAAGCGGGCAUGUGUGCGGGCGCGUGCGUGGAGGUGGACUCGGACACGGAGGCGGUGGCCAACCGAGGCUUCAAGCUGGGCUGCAUCUCAUGCAAGAGGAGGGGAGAGGUCAUGGCCACGGCCAGCGUCACCUGGCUCUUCAAGGCCGUCGGCGAGGCCGACUUCUCGCACCUGUACAGCUACGAGGAUCAGCGCGGCAGGAUCGCGGACGAGCGCUUCGAGGGGCGCGUGCUGUGGCGCGGAAGCAGGCGGACGCUGGACCUCCAGGACGGCUCCAUCUACAUCCCCAACAUCACAUUUAACGACACGGGCAGCUACAAAUGCGUCUUCAGCCGCGUGCUCAUCUACGACGACUACGUCUUCCGCACCAACACCAGCAAGAUCAUCAAUGUACGCGUGGUGGCCAAAAUGACGAGGGGGAUGGCGUCCAUCCUGUCCGAGGUGAUGAUGUACGUCGCCAUCAUCGGCUUGCAGUUGUGGCUCCUGGUGGAGAUGAUCUACUGCUACAGGAAGAUCUCGGCGGCCAGCGAGGAGGCCUUGAGGGAGAGCGCGGCCGAGUACUUAGCCGUAGCGUCUGAAAAUAAAGACAACUCCGCAGCUGUGCUGAUGGCAGAGUAACACAAACGUGUGGGAAAGCGCUGGCGCAGAGACGGAUUCUCACAUCCACCUUCAGCGUCGCCGUCUCCACCGCAACAACACGCUAUGACGGGAGUGUGACGCUCCCAUUCAGACACUUUAUGCAAAGAUGC